AUGAAGGGUUUCAGACAGCGCGUGCAUGAGCAGCUCUCGCGAGCUAAGGACAGCAACAAGAUCUCAAAGAAAGCGAGCAAGGAAUCAUCAUCCGGCACCGCUUCCCCUCAUGGCGGCGCUGCUCAGUCGCCCGCCGGCACCCCCUCGUCCUCGACCCAAAAUCUUGCCGAAACCCGCAAACCAUCAAAUGAUGCUCUGUCUUCAAACCAGCAGCAGCCCGCAAUGUCACAACACCAAUACAUCCAGCAACACCAGGGUGCUAACGGCACUCAAAGCCCCAACCGCUACAAUCAGCAAGGUGUAAACCCCAGUGUCGUCAUCAGUCCCAGUGCUCCUCAUGUCCCUCCUCCUGGCGCCGCCGAAACCAUGCCUCACGACCUGGCCCCACCAAAGGCUGGCCAAAAGUCGCUGCUGUUCGACAGAUUGCAGGCCACUCCCAAAGAUACAGUGCCCGAGGGUGUGCGCACCCCCAAGCGCCAACACUCGUCAAGAUUCGACAUUUCAGAUCAGCGACAGCGCGAACUGGAAAAGCUGCCCGGCUUCCACGAGGUUCCUCCCAACAGACGCCAGGAGCUCUUUAUGCAGAAACUCGACCAGUGCAACAUCAUAUUUGACUUCAACGAUGCGAGCGCCGACAUGAAAUCAAAAGAGAUCAAGCGCCUUGCGCUGCACGAACUACUCGAUUACGUCGCUCAGAACCGCCAGGUCAUCUCCGAGCCAAUGUACCCCAGAGUCGUCGAGAUGUUCAGCAAGAACUUGUUCCGCCCAAUCCCUCCUCCCAUGAACCCUCAAGGCGACGCAUUCGACCCUGAAGAAGACGAGCCAGUCCUCGAGGUCGCCUGGCCCCAUAUUCAAGUGGUUUAUGAAUUCUUCCUCCGCUUCAUCGAGAGUCCUGAUUUCAACACAAACUAUGCCAAGCAAUAUAUCGACCACAGCUUUGUUCUGGCAUUGCUCGACCUUUUCGAUUCUGAAGAUCCUCGCGAGCGUGAUUUCCUCAAGACAACCCUUCACCGUAUCUAUGGCAAGUUCCUUAACUUGAGAUCAUUCAUCAGACGUUCUAUCAAUAACGUCUUCUUCCAAUUCAUCUACGAGACUGAGCGCUUCAACGGAAUUGCCGAACUUCUUGAAAUUUUGGGGUCCAUUAUCAACGGUUUCGCUCUGCCUCUCAAGGAGGAACACAAGCUCUUCCUGACCCGCGUCCUCAUCCCUCUGCACAAGGUGAAGAGUUUGAGCAUGUACCACCCUCAACUUGCGUACUGUAUUGUGCAAUUCUUGGAGAAAGAUGCCGCUUUGACCGAGGAGGUUGUGCUCGGUCUCCUGCGAUACUGGCCCAAGGUCAACAGCACCAAAGAAGUCAUGUUCUUGAACGAGGUCGAGGAUAUUUUCGAGGUCAUGGAUCCUGCCGAGUUUGCAAAGGUUCAAGAAGCUCUAUUCAGUCAGCUCGCCAAGUCUGUGGCCAGUCCACACUUCCAGGUUGCCGAACGCGCUCUAUACUUCUGGAACAACGAGUAUUUCUGCAAUCUUGUCAGCGACAAUGUUGAUGUUAUUCUACCGAUAAUGUUUGCUCCUCUCUACGAAAACUCCAAGGGUCAUUGGAACAGAACAAUCCAUGGAAUGGUAUACAACGCCAUGAAACUGUUUAUGGAAGUUAACCCUCAGCUGUUUGACGAUUGUUCCCACGAUUACACCGAGCAACAGAACAAUGCACCUGAAGUAAAGAGAACCAGACAAGAGAAGUGGGACAGACUAGCUGCUCUUGCUCAGUCGAUGAAGAGUGGUCUUCCUCCAUCGGCCGCUGGCAACACAAGUACCACACAGAGCGCCACACCCGCACGCACGGACGAUACAGAUCCACUGCGUCUGGAACAACUCAGAUUGCAGGAUGACUCGGAGAGGAGACCGAAAGAGUUUGAGAGACAGACCAGCUCGGUACGUUGA